AUGCCUCUGUUCACGACUUCCACGAGUGGACAGGAGGAUUCCUCCAGUCUCAAGAGGUCACACGACCAAUUCCGGGAAGAGGUCCCACCUCCAAGCUCUUUCGACGACAAGGAAAAUGUUAGGUCGUCACCACCCCCGUCUUCGGGACCCGUAACUCCCAGAGCCAGAAAAGCCAGUCCGGCAUUGAGCGACGCCAGCAGCCCAUUGGAUCGCCUCUCGCGAUCCCCGAGUCUAUCGCCCCCACGACUCGCACCUCUCACGAUUUCUACGAACAACGCAACCUCUACCCAGAAGCAGACAACCAGCGCCAAGGCUGCGUCAACAACAUCCAAGUCAACAACGGGCGAACCGGUCAUCAAGAGGAAGAAGCUGACUCCUGAGGAGAAGGCGGCCAAGGCCGAGGCCGACGCUGCCAAGAAGAAGGAGAAAGAGGAGGCCAAGGCUAAGAAGGCUGCGGAACAGGCGAAACUCGAGGCAGAGAAGCAACAAAAGGCCGAGGAAAAGGAGAGGAAGAAGCGCGAAAAGGAAGCGGAGCUGAAGCGCAAGGAGGAGGAGAAGAAGCGAAAGCAGGAGGAGAAGGAGGAAAAGGAGCGCAUGAAACGCGAGAAGGAGGAAGAGGAGGCCAAAAAAAAGGGCCGACAGAUGAAGCUCACAUCGCUCUUCAAAAUCAACCCGGCCACACCGAAAGAGAAGCCAGUCGCAGUCAAGGUCGAAAGCAAAGAUGUCGAAAUGACGGACGCACCGAGUCUCACCAAAGAGGACGAAGCCUACCGGAGGUUAUUUAAGCCCUUUUACGUGAAGGAGUUUGUCACGCUAGCCAAGAACCCCUUCGAGGUAGACGAGGAGACCAGGGACGCCAAGACGAAGAUAUUGGACGAGUACACCGAGGGAAAGCGGGACGAGUUCCCGAUACCGGAGAAGUUCGACCCCUUGGAGGCCCUACAAGUGCCCUUCAAGACCCAGAGGCGCGGACGCCCCUAUCCCAGUGUGCGCAAGAUCAUGACGGAGAUCUACGGAGAGUCAUCAAGCAAGCCUAUGGACCUCACCACAGAGAACACUCAGUUCAGAGAUGCGCGGGAGGCGUUGAAGGCGGUACCAGUCAAGUGCAUCAAAUUCAGCCAAGAUGUGCGACCACCGUAUGUCGGCACAAUCAGCGGUCUUCCUCCGGGCGUUAAGAGUCUCUACAAACUCGCAAGAAACCCGACUUCGCGCAAAAUUCUUCCCCUGGACUACGACUAUGAUUCGGAGGCCGAGUGGCAAGACGAGGAAGGCGAAGAUGUGGAGGAUCUGGACGAUGAAGAGGAAGACCUGGAGAUGGAUGAGGAUAUGGACGAUUUCUUGGAUGAUUCCGAUGAUGUCGCUCCUCAGCGUCUCGUCUUUUCCGGUGGCAUGGAGCCAGAGAGUACCGGCAUAUGCUGGGAGAACGAGAAGCGGUGCACAGUGAAGCCGGAGCUGUAUCAGUGCCGGAUGGAGAUCAUACUGGAUGCGCUGGACGAAGAACACAGCAUUGACCCUUCUCGACUGAUUAUUGGGCUUCGAAGUCGAAGACCAGCUCAUCAGACCGGGUCAUCAUCCUCAUCAUCACUUCUUCAUCCAUCCUCCGCCGCUACUAGCACAAGUGCGAAAUCUGCCAAGGCCGCCACUGGCUCUCAGGCACCAACAAACGCGUUUCAGGCACUUACAAAGGGUACAACAGCAGGUAACUCACCUCCUAACAAGGCUGCAGCUACAGCAGCCGGCUCAAUUGUUGUUGCUACUGCUCCCUCAACGACAGCAGCAGGCACUGGUCGUAGGCCUCCCGGGCGACAGAAGAUGUCUGACCAGCCUCUGCCGGCGGCCGCGCAGGAGCAGCUCAAGGAGCUCAUGCACCAGAUGCCCAUGGUUAGCAAGUUGGGUAUCAUCGAGGUCUUUGCCUCUCAGCACCCGGAUAUGGUCCGGGCGCAGAUCAAGGCUUCGUUUGAGUCCAUGACUGAGAAGCAUGGCAAGAGUGGUUGGAAGUGGAAGGAGUAG